AUGGCGAACUCAAUUGCAGAACUUGUCUUCAUCCCUGCACCAGGGGUCGGUCACAUCAUCUCCACAAUUGAGAUCGCAAAACUGCUCGUGACUCGCGACCACCAACUCUCUAUUACCGUCCUCGUCAUUAACCCGCCGCCCACAUUCGGCUCCGGCUCCGCCAUCACCACCUACAUCCAAUCAUUAGCAAACACCACCAUGGAUCGUAUCUCCUUCAUCGAACUUCCUCAAGACAAAACCCCACAAGUUUCAAAAGCUCCCAUGGCUGCCUUCACUGAUUUUAUCAACAGUCACUGCAAACACGUAAGAAAAAUUGUCGCCGACAAGAUGAGUCAAACGGAUUCAGUACAGGUCGCUGGGUUCGUCGUCGACAUGUUCUGCACCGGGAUGAUAGAUGUGGCAAACGAGUUUAAUGUUCCGACAUAUGUGUUCUUCACUUCUAAUGCUGCUUUUCUUGGAUUUAAGUUGUACAUCCAGACACUCUCUGAUGAUAAGAAUCAAGAUGUUGUCAAGUUAAGCAACUCUGAUUCCACCAUUUCUGUUCCAAGUUUUGUCAAACCAGUGCCCACAAAGGUGUUUCCGACCAUAUGCCAGAGUCAAGAAGGGUUGGACUUUGUUUUGGGAUCUGCCCGGAAACUGAGAGAGGCGAAAGCAAUCAUCGUCAAUACAUUCUUGGAAUUGGAAACACAUGCUAUCGAUUCAUUAUCGAAAGACAACACCAUUCCGAUGGUGUAUCCAGUGGGCCCUAUACUCAACUUAGAAGCCGGUGCCGGAAAAGCGUCGAGUGAUGAUGAUAUCAUCACCUGGUUGGACACUCAACCACCUUCCUCGGUGGUGUUCUUGUGUUUUGGUAGCAUGGGAAGUUUUGAUGAGGUUCAAGUAAAGGAGAUAGCAAACGGUUUAGAAAGAAGUGGCCACCGUUUCCUGUGGUCGCUACGUCGACCUCCGACGGAUCAGACAUCAAGAGCGCCAAGUGAUUACGAGGACCCAGCAACGGUAUUGCCGGAAGGAUUCCUAGAACGGACUGCCGGAAUCGGAAAAGUAACGGGGUGGGUCCCGCAGGUGGCUGUGUUGGCUCAUGGUGCAGUCGGAGGAUUUGUGUCUCACUGUGGGUGGAACUCGUUGUUGGAGAGCUUGUGGUUUGGUGUACCAUCGGCGGCAUGGCCAAUCUAUGCGGAGCAGCAGAUUAAUGCGUUUGAAAUGGUGGUGGAGCUUGGGUUGGCGGUGGAGAUUAAGUUGGAUUAUAAGAAGGAUUUUUUUAAUCCAAAGGCUGAUAAAGUCACGGCGGAGGAGAUUGAAAGUGGGGUAAGACGAUUGAUGGAGGAUAACAAGGUGAGAACAGAGGUUAAAGAAAUGAGGGAGAAGAGCAGAGCAGCGGUGGUGGAGGGAGGUUCGUCGUAUGCUUCUAUAGGGCGUCUUAUUCUAGACGUCAAACGAAACAUCUUAUGA